UUUGCUUUCCUUACGUCCGCCAUCUUGAUUCGGUUCCCACCGACCCCUCCCCCUCGUACCCCCGUAGCUCGCAGAGUAGGUUAAAGACUUUCCCCGUUUGGGCGUUUAGAGGACCCAUUGCUGUUACCUAUUGUUUAAGUCGUGCUGUGGGUGGGCCGCGACUACAAGGAGGGACUACGCCGCGUCGGUUCGAGUGUGUUGUGAUCCAGUCGGUGUAAACAUGUCCACAGAUGGGGGAUUUGGCGGUGGCAGUAGUGAUGCUCAGCAGAGCCUGCAGUCGUUCUGGCCAAGGGUCAUGGACGACAUUCGCAAUCUAACAGUGAAGGAUUUUAGAGUUCAGGAGCUACCUCUCGCUCGCAUCAAAAAAAUCAUGAAACUCGAUGAAGACGUAAAGAUGAUCAGCGCUGAAGCUCCGGUUCUUUUUGCCAAAGCUGCUCAGAUUUUUAUAACCGAACUAACCCUGCGUGCCUGGAUCCACACAGAAGACAACAAGAGGAGAACGCUGCAGCGUAAUGACAUUGCAAUGGCCAUCACAAAGUUCGAUCAGUUUGAUUUCCUAAUUGACAUUGUUCCUAGGGAUGAAUUAAAACCUCCAAAGCGGCAGGAAGAGGUACGACAAGCCGUGACCCCGGCGGAACCCGUCCAGUACUAUUUCACUCUGGCCCAGCAGCCAGCUGUGCAAGUCCAAGGACAGACGGCUGGACAGCAGACUACAUCCUCUACCACCACACUCCAGCCUGGCCAGAUUAUAAUCGCCCAGCCACAGCAAGGACAGAGUACGCCGGUCACUAUGCAGGUUGGCGAGGGACAGCAAGUGCAGAUAGUGCAAGCCCAGCCGCAGGGACAAGGCCAGCAAGGACAGAGUGGAGCGGGGCAGACGAUGCAGGUCAUGCAGCAGAUCAUCACCAACACAGGAGAGAUCCAACAGAUACCGGUACAACUCAACACAGGACAGCUGCAGUACAUACGCCUGGCCCAGCCGGUUUCCGGAACACAGGUUGUGCAGGGACAGAUCCAGACCCUAACAGCCAAUGCACAACAGAUCACACAGGCAGAUGUCCAGCAAGGGCAGCAACAGUUCAGCCAGUUCACAGACGGACAGCAAUUGUACCAGAUUCAGCAAGUCACUAUGCCUGCCGGGCAGGAUCUCACCCAGCCUCUCUUCAUCCAGUCAACUGGCCAGGCCACCGAUGGACAGGCUACUCAGGUCACCACAGACUGACAACAUGAACAAGGGGACAAAGGGAAAUCGAGCACAGACACCCAUGAACACCUAUACGCACGUGCCCACGUGUGUUAACGUUCACAAACAGGUGUAUUGCUGGCUCUGUUUGGAAUGAAAGGGCACCUAGUCUACAAUUCAUGCUUGGCUCCAGUCAGUCUGCAUGGUCAAAAUAAAUAAAAAUCAACCUAUGAAGAGGCCGGAUAUAAUUUGAACACACCUUGCAGAGGGAUUGUAAACACACGCUAAUGAGUAGAUUUCCCCAUCUUGUAGUCCAGAAAACACCAUCCAGCCAUAGCUUUCCCUUGUCCGGUUGCUGUCCGGUAUAUUAUCAUGUGCCCUGGAGCAUCUGAAGACUACAAAGUCCUUUUGAAAUCCAAAGCCACGCCAUCUCUCUGAAGAUAAGUUUUUAUUGAGAUAUGAUUUCAGCCAGGUUGUUGUCAACUAUCAUUUUUUUUGCCUGUGGGAUUCCACACCCCACCCCCUUGCAAGACCCACAAAGUACAGUCCGAUAUUGUAGAUGUUUGUUCUACCCCAGUCUAGAUGGCAGAUGUUUUACCUUUCCUUCCAUAAGUCGCGCAUACCUGCCAUGAUUCCUAGACCUGCAUUGCCAGAAAUAAUAUACAUCCUGUAUUACUGCCAAGGUGAAAAUUGUGUCUUUCCAUUUGUCUGAUGGGAGCCAAGAUAGGCUUUUGAGUACAUACGGGAGGAAUGAUGUUGGGAUUUUUUUUUAUUAUUAUAUAUAUAUUUUUCAUCUUUUUUUUUUGUUUUUAAGUAUUGCGUUGGUCUGCGUCAAUUGCAUGUAUGAAAACUACACAGACAGCAAUAAACAAACCUUUUUAGAUAUGCAUGAUUUUAUUUUCUUCUUAUACCACAUUAAAAAGGUAGCAUGCACAA